UUACGUGGUUUUUUGCUAUUUGCAUGUAGCAAUAAUUUAGCAAUACGCGAUGGAAUCUAAAUCAUUCACAGUGAUUAACUCGGAGAUUUUAUCAACAAUUACAUGUUUGAUCAGUCCUAGCAGUCAUGCUGUUCAUGGGUAGGCGUCGAAGAAGUAUAAACAUGAAGUGUUCAAAUGGUUGUAUUAAACAGGAUUUAAACACAAAAAUGAUACUUGAUCGGUGUAAAACGGUAAUUAUAUUGUCUAGUAUAGUGUGCACGCUCGCUGUCGUGAUAUCUUUGCACAGUUUGUUAAAAUAUGAGGUACGGUAUACGAAGCCUUUUUCGCCUAUCCCCGCGGGAUUGUACGGUUAUCAUUUAGAGCCAGUGAAUGAAGGUGUUCCCAUAGUUUCUACACCGAAACAGCAUGACAGAGCUGACGAUGCCGAAGCCGUGGUGUCUCUCAACGCUGCGUUAGAGAUGAAAAAUAACGGCAAAGCAGAUAAAGCAUUAAAACUUUUCCAACAUGCAUUUGCACUAUCUCCGAAGCACGCUGACGUGUUAAACCACUAUGGAGAGUUUCUAGAAGAUACAAAAAAAGACGUUGUAAAGGCAGAUCAACUAUAUACCCUAGCAUUAACAAAUUAUCCUGAUCAUUCUGGAGCAUUAUCAAACAGACAACGCACAGCCAGUAUAGUUGAAAAUUUGGACAGAGAAAUGUUAAGAAAAAUUGAGGAAAAACGGGAAGCAUUGCUGUCAAUACCUGAAAGCAAUGCUGCAUUACGGAGAGCCAAGAAAGAGGCAUACUUCCAACAUAUUUAUCACACAGUUGCUAUAGAAGGCAAUACCAUGACAUUAUCCCAAACAAGAAGUAUUUUAGAGACUCGAAUAGCUAUAUCUGGGAAAAGUAUUGACGAACACAAUGAGAUUCUGGGCUUAGAUGCAGCAAUGAAGUAUAUAAAUUCAACAUUGUUGUACCGUUUGAGAGACAUUACUAUGGGGGACAUUUUAGAAAUUCAUAAAAGAGUGCUAGGGCAUGUUGAUCCAGUAGAAGGAGGUCAGUUCCGAAGAACUCAGGUUUACGUUGGAGGUCACAUUCCCCCUGGACCUACAGACAUACAAAAGUUAAUGAUACAAUUCCUAGAUUGGUUAAAUUCUGAAGAUGCUUUAGACUUACAUCCAGUGAGAUAUGCUGCACUUGCGCACUAUAAACUGGUGUACAUCCACCCGUUCAUUGACGGCAACGGGCGCACGUCGCGGCUGCUCAUGAACCUGCUCCUCAUGCAGGCGGGAUACCCGCCCGUCAUCAUAGCCAAACAGCAUAGGCAUCUUUAUUACCAGCAUCUUCAAACCGCCAAUGAAGGAGAUGUUAGACCUUUUGUACGAUUCAUAGCCCAAUGCACGGAGAGAACCCUAAAUCUAUACCUAUGGGCGACGAGCGAGUACUCCCAUAUGGUCCCAGCCAUUGGCAACCCAGAUGUGCUCAUCAGCGAAGGUUUCGACGAGGACCCCCUUUGACACCCACCAGGGGACCCCUCACCGGAUAAUCAGUUAAUUAAAUAGGUAAAUUUUGGAAGGCUGUGCGUGAAUCUUGUUUAUUUAUUUUACUAUUGAAUGUAUUGAUUUGAAUGUAUGACGUUAGGAAUAGAAGACAAAAAAGAUGGUUCCAUGACUUGUUAUCGAAAGUGGGGAAAUGUUAUGAAGUCCACUUAGCUCACCACAAAUUCAAGUAUUCAAUUUUAAACUUUAUUACUAAUCAGGUAGGUAUAUAAAAAUUUUAGGAAGAUGCAUUUAUUUCAGCAUUUUUUUUAUUACAAAAAAAUGGCAAUGUUUUUUAAAUUUACUCGUCAUUAGAUAAAGAAAUUUUUAAAUCAUGUAACUUCUAAAUAAACUUCGCUUACCAUAUCGCGUAGCUUCCAUAGUUUUGUCUACAAUAAUAUUUUGUUUGUUCACUUAUUACGUCAAUGCUUAUUAUAUUGUAAUUUACACAAGUGCUACCUGUGAAUAUACAGUUAUUGUAACGAUUUUGAAGGUAAUCGAGUCUAUACUCAUGAUUUCCGAAUGUGUAUAUUGUUCCCUUUAAGGAGCUACCACACUUAUCAGUACAAAAAGUCCAUUUAAUAAAUACAUUUACAUCAGCAAUUUACAUCAGUUUUCUGUACGACAAAAGCCGAUACCGUGUUUAAUAUAUAUGAUAACACCCUUAUUAUGCAUGGACCUGACUUCAAUUUGUACUUAUUCGGAAUUUCAUGUUAUUUUGUUUAUCGUGACGUAAAUACCGGCUUAGCGUUAAUAUUUUAAGUUACGCUUAUUGUAAUAUUAAAAAAAAACAAUAGUAUAUAAAAUACAUAACGCGAUCGUAAAAAUAUAGAAAUGAUUAUAAUUACCCCAAAAAUAAUUCAUAUAUAGUAUUGAUAUUUGUGUAGCUCCAAAGGCACCUUAUGGCGUAAUUUUUGUGUGUGUGGGUGUUAUUUAAUAAAUGUGUAUCAAAAACUUUAAAUCCAUUAUCCAAUUUUAACAAAAUCCAUUAAAUGUAAAGCGAUCAUUAACACAAACAUGACCUAACAAUGACUAUUUAGUAUCGAUUUUAAUAACACCCAUACCAAAAACUGCUUAACAUAUUAAAUAUAAGAAGGUUCAACGGAAAAUGAAUUAUAUCUGAUUACUAUGAAAAGUUAAUUUUGUGAAAAUUGAACUGUAUAAAUUUUACUAUCUAGACAUGAGUAAUUCAACUCAAAUGUCGAUUAACCCUUUCUACCUUUCAACGGUUGUAUAACAUUGUGGACUUAUACUUUACAAGUUGUAUUUACUAAAAAAAAAACUUAUCAGCACGUAGUAACGUAAACGUGUGCUUUAUAUGUCGCUUUGUCAGCAUGCACCAGGUCAAGCCUGCUGAUGACGUGUGCCGAAAAGUGAGGUCCGACCAUAAGGUACCUUUACCACGAACUGACAUUAUUUUUUACAAAACCUUAAUUGUAAAUUUCAACGCUACGUAAUAUAGGUGUAAAUAAGUAAAUUAUGUUUUUCUGUAACACCGGAACUGUACUUAGGAGAAGAUUAACCAAAGAUAUUAUUUUAAUGAUCAAAUUAAUUUCUUGGUUCACUCGGAGGCUAGUGCCCAGUGGUGAUUAUCAUUUAUUCUAUGCAACAAUGACGUCAUUAUAUAUCUAUUUAAAAGAUGCAACCACUUGAGUUUCUUACUCACAUCUUAAGGGAUUUACCUUGCAAAUGAGUUGUAUUAUUUUAAAAUUUGUAUUAUCAAAUUUAGAUUUUGGGGUCGUGUAGGUUUGUUUCAAAUGACAAUGUACUUAUUUUCUUUUGUCUCCUUUAAAUGACAUUGGAUCCACAGACUGUAUAAAAUAUAUUCUCAGACUAUGAAGUACAAAUUCGAGUUUGGAGUAUAAGUUCCCUUUUUAGAAGUACUUUAACAAUAUUUACAGAAUAAUGUAAUUUUGCAG